CGAUAAUGAUUGGUCCAGCGUAACUCAUUGAACCAGUGACUGCGUGUGUGUGUGUGUAUGUGCGGGUGUCAUUGUGUGUGUGUGCUGACUACCCUGUGUUCAGUCCAGGUAAAAAUGUAGUACCGAUGGUAGAAAACAAGUCAAGCCCAAAUGUUUAUACCUGGCUGUACACAGAGAGAAAGGUGGACCUGUGCUAUUGCCAUGCCUAGCGAGUCAGCUUGUGUGCACACACCAGUGCUGCCGUGUCAUCGGUGACAUUACGAGGGACGCAUCUAUUGUGUUAAAUCACAUAAAACAAUUAAUAACGCGCUCCAGUUGUUCUCACCGGGAUGUUACUGUUUGGAUUUCCUGAGAGAAUAUGCGAUACUUUCUUUACAAUCACCUGACCAGAUCGUUAAGGUUAUCGCACGCCGUAUUCGCCAUAGCUUGCUGUGUCCUGUACAUAUGGGUCAACAGCAACAUCCAGCCAAGGUUCAUCAUCAGGGUGGACACAGACCCGUCCAUCUACGAGCUGACCAGAGUGGUCAGGGAGCAGCAGCAGAUGAUAGACUACUUGUCCAAGCAUCCGAAGAUAGUCUUUCGAUGUCCGGACGAUGAGCCUACAAUAAAAUACCCAAAACAGGCAACAGAUGACCUGACAUCAAUCGUGCUGGACACGACUGACGGAUGCGGAGACACUCCCGCCGACGCUGUCAUGAUCGUCCACACAGCGGCGGACCACUUUGACCGCAGGGGUCGCUUCAGGCGGACGUAUUCCAACUUCACAAACACAAGUCCGUACAGAAUUAAAGUAGUGUUUUUGAUUGGUCAAGUAGAAUCUGCGGAGUUGUCUCUGAAAUUGGAACGAGAGAACAUGGAGUUUGGGGACACAGUGCUGGGAGUAUUCCUGGAUACCUACCAUAAUCUGACAUUGAAGGCUGUCAUGGGAUAUCGCUGGCUGAACACUACUUGCAAAGACGUCAAAAUGGUUAUUAAAAUGGACGAUGACGUUUUUCUGGACGUCCGGAAGUUCUUUAACACUUACUGGAAUAAACUCAGCAACAGUGUCAAAACCAACUCCAUCCACUGCCAGGUCUGGGAGCACGCGGUGGUUGGGAGGACCGGCAAAUGGAAGGUGGAGCGCGGGCUGUUUCCCAACUCCAGCUACCCGUUCCCUUACUGCGCCGGCUUCUUCGCCAUCGUCACCCCGGACCUCAUCAAGCAGAUGUACUCUUAUGGAAAGAAGAUUGACUUCUUCUGGAUUGACGAUGUCUUCCUCUACGGCAUGGUCCCCGCGGCCAUCAGGGGCGUCCACUUCAACCAGGUGGGCAGAAAGAAACGGCUGAUCACGGACAGCUACAUGGACUACAGCUCGUGUGUCAAGAAAAGAGGUCACGAGGGGUGCCCGUUUUGGGCCGUGCUGACAGAUGGAAGGGAUCAGUUUGACGCUGAGUAUUCAAGUUUGUUUCAACCUAAGCGCCUAGUCCCACUGAACAAUACAGAGACCAAAAAUAGUUCCAAAGUCGUCAAAGAUCAGCCCAAGCCAGUUAUGCACGGAGUGAUUCACAUCGAUAACAAAAAGCCCUAGUUUACACUAGAAGGUUUUUGAAUAGUCAUGUAUUAUUAUUGCAGCAAUACUUUUUAUAUAAUGAUUAGCAUUAAAAGCAUUAAAAUUGAUGCUAGAUGCUAUGAACUAUGCACUAGUCUAUAUCUUAUCUUUUUUUUUUUGUUUGAGACAUGACAUUGGCAAAGCAAUAAUAAAAACAUAAUGUUUCCCGGAGCAUCAAGAGCAGAGUGUUUUGAAUUUGGCAUUUAUUUCCUUAUUGAGAUAAUUUAAAGCUCUCAAAGUAAUUUAUAACUUACAAGGUAAUUAUUAGCUUACGAGGUAAUUUAUAGCUAACAUAGACACUGUGAUGUUUAGUAGUUUGAUUUCUUUUAUGUGCCUUGAGUAUAAUGCUUGAGCAGUAAUCAAUGAAAAUAUUGAGAUCUCGGUUGUUUUAAAUGCUGGUCAGAGUGUGUGCUUUUGUGUGUGUCCGAGUGUUGAAAUGGGCUGGAGGCUGAUGUUUUAUGUUAUUUUUAUAUGUCCAUCUCUGCACAUAUUUCAAAAUGUUUAUAGACAUUAUAAAAUUGAUAUUUUAUUGACAAGUUUAUUUAUUGGAGUAUAUUGGUACAGGUUAAUUAGGGAAGUAUCUGGCUCUUUGGGUUGAUGUUUUCACCUGAUGGAAAUGAGCAGUUGAAAAUGUGAACAGAUGUAUAUGUAGGCCUAUUGACUUUUAAAAUGGUCGUUUUGACAUGGAUGCAUGUAUAGGCCUGGUGUUUAUUUUAUGGGAUAUACUUGUUAUAUGUUUGUGUUUUUCAUUUUACAUAAUAGAGAAAACUCUUGCACCCCCCUCCCCUAACUUUCUCUAUAUCCCGACAUCACUCAGCUUCUCUCUACAUCCACAUUUCUCUCUACAUCCAUAUUUCUCUCUACAUCCACAUUUCUCUUAGCAUCCAUAUUUCUUUUUACAUACACAUUUCUUUUUGCAUCCAUAUUUCUCUCAGCAUCCACAUUUCUUUCUACAUUCGGAUUUCUUUUUGCUUCCACAUUUUUCUCUACAUUCGCAUUUCUUUUUGCAUCCACAUUUCUCUCUACAUUCACAUUUCUUUCUGCAUCCACAUUUCUCUUAGCUUCUAUAUUUCUUUCUACAUUCGGAUUUCUUUUUGCUUCCACAUUUUUCUCUACAUUCGCAUUUCUUUUUGCAUCCACAUUUCUCUCUACAUUCACAUUUCUUUCUGCAUCCACAUUUCUGUUAGCAUCCACAUUUCUUUCUACAUUCGGAUUUCUUUUUGCUUCCACAUUUUUCUCUACAUUCGCAUUUCUUUUUGCAUCCACAUUUCUCUCUACAUUCACAUUUCUUUCUGCAUCCACAUUUCUCUUAGCAUCCACAUUUACUUAUUGCACAUUCUCUCUAUCUCCUUAGUUCUCUCUUUAUCUAUGUCCCCCUUUACCUCUCUGGAUUCCCGCGUGCCUCCAAUUCUCUAUUGUGGGUAGCGUGGUCGAGAGGCUAAGUACGCUUGAACUUUGCUUGGCUACCUAUGAAGAGGGCCCGAGGCUCGACACCCGACUCGAGCAGAGUUGUUGUUUACCGAGCGCCUAAAGGCAGCACGGAAAACCUUCUCCCAGAUACCCCCCUCCCCCACACUGGACCACAAAUAAGAUUAGACCAUAGCGCUCUGAGCAUGCUAUAUAAAAGCUAUAAUUAAUUAUUAGCCGUAAAUGUAUUGAUUAAAACUACCGUUAAUUAUAUAUGGGUUAAAAAGUUGUGUUCUUUUUAAAAUAAUUUUGUCUGUGUGUUUAGGAAGUUUGUGUUUUAAGCAUGUAUGUUUAACCAAAGGGCUGUGUGUGUGUGUAUUAGUGUGCGAAUGUAUAUACAAUAUUGUAUACAUUUACGCAUUGUGUUUAUUGCUACAAGCCUCCACUACUAUGAUGUUUAAUAUUGACUCAGAUGUUGUUUAGCACAUUCAAUAAAUAAUAUAUUAACUUUA